AUGAAGAGCUCGGCCACGGCCAAGUUUGACGAAUCGGCCGAGCUGCACAUUCGAUUGAACAUCGACCCGAAGUACAACGACCAGCAGUUGCGCGCGACUGUGGCGUUGCCGAAGGGCACGGGCAAGAACGUUCGCGUCGCUGUUUUGUGCGCGGGCGACAACAUCGCCGCGGCGAAAGCGGCGGGUGCCGACUUUGCGGGUGAUGAUGACUUGGUUGACGAGAUUGCGGGCGGUAUGAUGGAUUUUGACUUGCUCGUCGCCACUCCGGAUAUGAUGCCGAAGGUGGCCAAGCUCGGUCGUCAGCUCGGCCCGAAGGGUCUCAUGCCGAACCCAAAGGCGGGUACGGUGACUACUGACGUCACGACGACUGUCAAUGAGUUCAAGGGGGGUAAGGUUGAGUUCCGCGCGGAUAAGCAAGGUAUCGUGCACGUUCCGUUUGGUAAGCUCAGCUUCAGCGCCGCCGACUUGAAGGAGAACCUUCUCUCCGUCGUCGGCGCGAUUGACGCGAACCGUCCGGUCGGUGCUAAGGGUGUCUACUGGCGCUCCAUGUACAUUGCGUCUAGCAUGGGCCCGUCCGUGCAAGUGGAUGUGCCGCAAGCGCGCGAUGAAGUCGCCGCCUUGUCUGCUUAA